AUGCUCAAUACAAUUUAUCCAGAUGGAAUUACUCCAAAUAACGCAAGUCUAAGUAAUGCUGUCAUUAAUACUAAUCCAUAUACUUUUCAAUCCAUACUCCCUCCACCUCCCCCCUCUUUACCUUCCUAUAUUUGUAACCCAACUGGUGAAGUAGGCUAUAUACUCCAGAAGCAAUUAUUAAAUAAAAGUUGUAUUAAUAAUUAUAACGAAAAAUUGUUAUCUAUAAAUGAAGAAAAUUAUGUGAUAAAAAAAGAAAAUAAUAUAUAUGGUUUAUACAAUAAUGGCACUAAAAAUAACGAUAUUGCAGAUCAUACCCUUUGCGUUAAUGAUCAAUGCAAUGCAACUCCAGAUAUUAAAAUCAACAAAAAUAUCAUUAGCAAUCCUUACCAAAACAGACCCACAAGAUGCUGGUGCAAAAGAAAAAAUAUUGGCAGAUUAGCAUCUAAGCCGAAGAAUGCAUUUAUAUUAUUUAGACAAAAGUUCCAACGCUUAUUAAGACAGCAGCAGUUGUUGGAUAUAACUACCAAUGCUACCAACAAUAAGACUGCUCCGUACAUACUUAGCGGUACAAGUAAUAUAAAGCCAAUAUCAGAAACAGAAUUAAAGAAUAUAUGCAUAAAUAGUUUGCAGGAAUUAAGGGAGAUUUCCAAUACUAGUUUAUUAAGCCAAAGUGAAAGUAACGAAUUGACAACACAAUACAUCAACGGCAUACCACAACCUAAAUUCCAAACAUCUAUGGUAUCGAAAUUUGCAUCUGAUAUUUGGAAAUCAAUGAACGUCAAUACCAAACAAUAUUGGUAUGAUUUAGCCCAUGAAGAAAAAAGGCUAUACAAUAUGAGAAUUAAUAAUAAAAGGAAAAACUUUGCUGUUAAAAGUAGAACUUUGAAUGAUAAUAAUAGCGGUGAGGAUGAUGCUGAUAUUUAUUUUAAUGAUAAACUUGAAUUGUGUGAUUUUUGUCAGCUCCGAUUGGAAAAAGAACCUGGAGUGACAAGAUCCAUGUUUUGGAAUAAAAAGUAUGUUAAAUUAAGUACUUAUUCGAUAGAUUUGGUGAAACUAAAUAAUAUUUAUAAUGUGCCGUAUACUAUUUGGUAUAGUGAGAAUAUUAAUGGUAGUUUAUUGACAGAUUAUUUAAACGAAGGUUGA